GCCAGUACUCUCUCUUAUUCCCUCUUGCUUCCUCCGUACCUCCAAAACCUCUCUUUCCUCCUCUCUGAUCGGGGUUAGCUCCCUCUUCUCUUCGUGGCUGUGGAGGAGCAUGGAGGCUGCUCAAGAGGAAGCCAUCCUGAGGUCUAAGGAGAAUAAUACCCACGUCGUGAUCAAAGGGAAGCGCACCAAGCGCCAAAGGCCUCAAUCCCCUAUUCCCUUAAUUCCCUCUAUCACUGCUAAUUCACCCAGCGGCGGAGGCGGCGGCGGUUGCGAUGGUGGUGAUCAAAGUAAUGAUAUCGCUGAUGACAAUAUGACCAGCUUCUCUCCUGCCACUUCGGCUGAAAUACUACAAGAGUUCAGCACCGAGGAAGAAGAGGACAUGGCCAAUUGCCUUAUCCUUCUUGCUCAAGGCCAAUCCCGGGAGUCCCCGAAACAAGUCGAAAAAGAUCACGCUGAUGGCGGUGGCGGUGUUUAUAAGUUUAACAGUCGAAGAUUCUUAGAGGCGGCAGCCACCGGCACUGGCAAGGCCGGGUAUUAUGUUUACGAGUGCAAGACUUGCAACAGGACCUUCCCUUCCUUCCAAGCGCUAGGUGGACACAGGGCUAGUCACAAGAAGCCUAAGGCCGCGGCCAUGUCCGCCGAGGAAAAGUCAUCGAAGCAAUUCUUGUUAUCCUCGGAUGAAGAAGAAGCACAGUUCAAGAAGAAUGAUCAUCUCUCUUCUAUAUCUUUUCAAUCCAGUAGUAGAGGUUUGUGCGGCAAUAACAGGCCGUCUAACAAGGUUCACGAGUGCUCGAUUUGCGGGGUGGAAUUCACGUCCGGGCAGGCCUUAGGUGGCCAUAUGAGACGGCACAGGGCACCUAUUACUGGUAAUAAAUUCAAUACCACUUUUACCGUUACUCCUCCACCAAUGGCGCCCUUGGAGCCAGAUCAGGAACCCAAGAAGCCAAGACGUACGGUGCUAUCGUUGGAUUUGGAUCUCAACCUUCCGGCCCCAGAAGAUGAUCACCGGGAACCCAAAUUCCCAUUUGCAACAAAGCAGCAGCAGCAGCAGCAACAACAACAACCAAAACAGCAGCAACCACCUCUUGUCUUCUCCGCCAGGACUUUGGUGGACUGUCACUACUAAAAAGGGUCAGACUUUUUAAAUUGUUUCACCGUUUAUCUUCCACAAAAUUGACCUCGAAGCUAAUUUGAGCCGAAUUGCCUUAGUUGUUUUUUUUUUUUUUUCUUUUGCCCUUGAUAUUUACCAUUCAUCAGAAACCAUAAGAUUCUUUCAAUUUUUUUUUCGUCUUUAGCAAUUGUUUCA